AUAUGCACCUGUAACAACCAGCAACAAAAAUGUGCGACAUUAGCAACACCCGCAAGUUCUUCACGAUCGUGUUGGUCGCCCUCGUGCGCGACGUCCGCCCCCAGAUCAACCCCCAGCAGCAGUACAACCCCCAGCAGGACUACAACCCGCAGGUCCUGGACCCGACGCGCCAGGACGCCAAAUUCGACAACCGCUUCGACACCCGCUUCGACAGCAACAACAGGUUCAACAUCAACGAGGACCGGCCCAACGUGAACCAGAACUUCCAGGGGGACGUCCGGGAGCUGCUGCAAGCCCUCGACGCCCAAGGGUCCCAACAGUGCACCCGCAAUGUAGCGGCCCAGUGGAACUUCGAAACUAACGUCAACCAGGGGACCCAGCUGGAGGCGCUCACAGCUCAGCAGGAAUAUUCCGACUUCCAACAUGGAGUUUGGGAGCUGUUAAACAAGGUUGGGAGUCUCAAUGUGCCAAAUUCUGUUGUUGCAAGGCAGAUUCGAUAUUUGUCGAUAGUUGGUCCUGCUGCGCUUUCGCCGGAUCAGCUGGAUCGUUAUAACAGAUUGAUCAACGACAUGCUGGCUGUGUACAACAGCGCUUCAAUUUGCGCCCUCAAGGAGCCCUUCCGGUGCGGGCUGCGCCUGCAGCCGGACCUGACCAACAUCAUGGCCUACAGCCGGAACUGGGACGAACUCCAGUACACCUGGACGGAGUGGAGGAGGAACACGGGACAAAAUAUCAAAGACACGUUCGAGCAAAUGAUUAGUUUGUCGAACGAGGCAGCCAAGUUGAACAACUUCUCGGACACCUCCGACUACUGGAGCUUCCCCUUCGAGUCCGCCACCCUCAGCCUCGACCUCGAGGACGCCUGGGAGGACGUCAAGCCCCUGUACGAGCUCCUCCACGCCUACGUCAGACGCCGCCUCCGCGACUACUACGGCCCCGAAAAACUCAACAGACAGGCGCCCCUCCCGGCCCACGUCCUCGGCAACAUGUGGGCCCAAUCCUGGGUCAACAUCUUCGACAUAAGCCAGCCCUACCCUGGCCAGCACUUCCUCGACGUCAGCCCAGAAAUGCUGAAACAAGGUUACACCUCUCUGGACGUGUUCAGGCUAGCCGAGGACUUUUUCGUGUCUAUGAACAUGAGUGCCAUGCCUCUCGAAUUCUGGCAAACCUCGGUCCUGGAGGAACCCGUCGACAGGGUCGUCCUCUGCCAGCCCUCCGCCUGGGACUUUUGCAACCGCAGGGACUUCAGGAUCAAAAUGUGCACCAACAUCAACAUGAAGGACCUCAUCACGGCCCACCACGAGAUGGCCCACAUCCACUACUUCAUGCUGUACAAGAACCAGCCCAAGGUCUUCCGAGACGGCGCCAACCCAGCGUUUCACGAAGCCAUCGGUGAAGCUAUCGGUCUUUCGGUCGGUACCCCCAAACACCUACAAAGUUUGGGUUUGGUCCAAAAUUCCGUCGAAGACUCAGCCGUCGAUAUCAACUUCCUUUACUCCAUGGCACUCGACAAGGUCGUCUUCUUGCCCUUCGCGUACGUCGUGGAUAAGUGGAGGUACGACGUCUUCAAAGGAAACAUAGGGAAGGAUCAGUACAACUGCCACUGGUGGCGCCUGAGCGAGCAAUACAUGGGGAUCAAACCCCCGGUUCUGCGGUCAGAGAGGGACUUUGACCCCGGCGCUAAGUACCACAUUCCAGCCAACAUCCCCUACUUAAGGUACUUCGUGAGCACGCUGCUGCAGUUCCAGAUCUACAGGGCGUUGUGUAGGGCAGCGGGGCAGUAUGAUUCCGGGGAUUUGUCCAGGCCGCUGCACAAGUGCGACAUUUACAGGAGCAAGGAGGCAGGAAGGAUCUUGACACAAUUAAUGGAGAAGGGUUCGUCCCUUUCGUGGAAGGAAGUGUUGUACCAGGCGACUGGUGAAACCCGCCUGGACGGGAGUGCCAUGAGGGAGUACUUCAGGCCCUUGGAAGACUGGUUGCGCAACGAGAACUUGAGAACCCAGGAAUUCGUGGGAUGGUUGUACGACGGCGACUACUGUAAACAAAGUAUAGAGACAGCAGGCUUGCAAGUGUACGGUGGAUUUUAUAAUGCAGGAUUUGCACUCAAGCCUGCUUUCGCGUUGACGCUCACAGCAAUUAUAUGUCUUUUUACAAGAAAUUUUACUUGAGGAAGUCGGAACGUGAUACUUUUAUUUUUUAACCGUGGAUGUUGUAGAUUGUUUUAUAUGAUUUAAGUGUAGGUGAAUUGUAUAUAAUUUUUAAAUAAAGUGUUUUUAAUAAG